AUGUUAGUAGCAAAAGGGUUCAAUCAGGUGCCUGGUCAGGAUUUCUUUGAAACAUUCAGCCCAGUGGUGAAACCCACUACAGCCAUGUUACUUUUAUCUUUGGCUAUAUCCUCUGGUUGGGUUAUUAGGAAGCUUGAUAUUCAUAAUGCUUUCUUGAAUGGAAAUCUGACUGAAACUGUUUACAUGCGUCAACCUGCUGGAUAUAUUGAUGCUCAAUUCCCUAAUCAUGUUUGCCUGCUAAAACAAAAGGUACAUGACGAUAUUCUGAAACGAGCAGGUAUGGCAGAAUGCAAGCCUCUAGCUACUCCCUUUCCAGUCUCAAAAUCUGUCCCUUUUAAUGCAGAUUUGUAUGAUGAUUAUACACAAUACAGAAGUCUAGCUGGGGUGCAACAGUACCUCACGAUUACUAGACCUGACUUGUCUUUUGCAGUAAAUCAAUUUUGUCAACACAUGCAUGCUCUUACAGCAUCACAUUGGGAGCAACUAAAACGUGCAUUAAGGUACGUUAAAGGGACAAUUGAUUUCGGUUUGCGUAUAAGAAAUUCAGUGUCAAUAGAACUUCAUGCUUUUUCUGAUUCUGAUUGGGUUGGUUGUCCUAAAGACCGUAAAUCUACUAGUAGUUAUGCUGUGUUUCUCGAAUCUAAUCUUGUGUCUUGGGUAUGUAAGAAACAGAGAACUGUUGCUAGAUCUUCUACUGAGGUAGAAUAUAAAACUCUAGCAGAUGUUUGUGCUGAAGUAAUAUGCAUUCUUUCGCUGUUACGUGAGAUCAAUGUGGCAGGUAUUCAUGUUCCUAAGUUAUGGUGUGACAAUCUUGGUGCUGCAUGUAUGUGUGCAAAUCCUAUCUUUCAUACUCGCACCUAG